AUGUGGAGCAGAUUGACUGGUAGCUCUGCUGCCUCCAACAGCAAUAAGGAAGAAGAAAGUCGCCGCCGCCGUACUAGCGACUCCACGCGUUCCAAGCGCGACCGAGACCCAGACGCUCGCUCAGUCGUGUCGUCGUCAACAGCCCGCAAACCUCCGAGCUCUAGACGCGACACUGCGCCGUCAUCAUCGUCGAUUGCCUCAUUCACGACUGCCUUCGACGAGAUGCCGCGCUCACGGGCCACAACAACCAACCCCAACAGCGAUCCCUACGACGACGACAAGCGUCGCGACGAUCGCCGCAGCAGCUAUGCCGAGUCGACCAGCUCCACACUGCGCGAAGACAAGGACCGGAAGAAGGGCAAGGACAAGAAGCUUGAGAAGCGCCGUUCGACGCGUUCGGUGCGAUCGGGAAGUUUGUCGCAAAGUGGCGCUGGCUACAGGGGCGACAUUGUCGACAGCCCCAAGCAAGCACAGCGCAGCUUCAGCGGCCAGAUUGGCAGCGACGGCUUCUCGCAGUUCCCAGGACAGGCAGGAGCGCCCAUGAUGUCGGGCGCUCUGCCAGUGGGAAGCCACCACCCACCACCGCACCCUGAAGACUUGGACAAUCACGUGCAGAGCCAGUUCCCUGGACAGAACCCGGCGCAGUACACCUCGAGUGCGCUGCCUGGCGGCCAUCCCUUUGGAGCGGCUGCCGAGUUUUACAACGACCAGGGCCAGUCUGUCCAUCAGCAGCCAGGUGUGAGGCCUCAGCCGCCUUCGGUCAUAAUAGGACAGGAUACCCCCCAUCUCAUGUCUGCCUCUGCGCAGCCCAACCCGGUUGCCGACACCGGAUCAGGUGCCGCCGCAGACUUCUAUGGGCCCAGCACGAGUGUCCCUUCAUCCAAACCCCCAAGGCCAUCGAGCUCAUCUAUGCCCGGUGCCUUCGUCGACGACGCCCCGAUGCCGGCGAAGCCACCACGGCCUGCAUCUUCGUCGAGGCCCGACAAGCCAAGCACGUUCGGUCCAGCUGCUACUAUGGCUGGCGGAGCUGCCCUUGGAUACGCCAUGGGCCACAGCUCAUCUAAUCAUGAACACUCUACAAGCUACAGCUCAGCGAAUGUUCGUCCUUCUACAUCCUACUCUUCUUACACUAAUAAUACCACCCCGCCUGCCCCGGCUCCCGCGUCCACGUACAACAUGUACGGCUCGGCUCCUAAUACUUCUAAUACCGCUGCCAACGACAGCAGCUACCUCCCACCCUACGCUGCAGCCGCCGCCUACGGUGCGGAAGGCGCGCCUCCCCCAAAGCCACCUCGGCCAGCCAAACCAGAGAAGCACUCGUCUGGCAGUAUCGCUGGAUUGUACGCUGCUGGCGCUGCAGGAUUGGCGGCUUAUGGCUUGAAUCAACAUAAUUCACAUUCUCACAACCACAACCACAACCACACCCAUACCAACACACACUCGCACAGCACCUCUCACCACUACACGUCGAUACACGGACCCAAUGGGCAUCAGCAUAAUGGUGCUCCACAUAGUUCGUAUAGCUCUGGCGGCAUGGCUCAGCAGCAUCAGCAUACUGGGCCCGUUUCUAAGUUUGUCGACUGGUGGAAGGAUUACGAAGACGUGCAGAAGAUGGAGGAAUACACCGAGUACAUCGGAGUCUGCAAGGGUUGCUUUGAUCCUCGCUCAUCCGUCUUGGACGCUCCACGCAAGCACCACUAUUACAGAAAACGAUCCAGUGAGUUCAUGCGGCCAUCUGGUGGCAUCGAAAAACAAUCCCGUUACUCGCUCAAGGAGAAGAAGUCUUACGGCUCUAUCUCUUCGGGUGAGGAGCGCCGAAAGACCAAGAGCAGUGCCGCAGGCUGGGUAGCUGCAGGCCUAGGCGGAAUUGGCUUGGCCAAGGCUGGAAAGGCUGUUUUGACUGCCGGCCGCGACGACUUUGAUGAUACCUAUAGCAUCAAGUCUGGACGCUCAAGAAUCUCACGCCGCAGUCGCAGCCGAUCGAGGGACCGCAAGAGUUACAGCUAUGGCAGCUCUGGCAUCCGUCAUCGGAGCAAUUCUGCUGAUCGCAUGUCCAUCAUGUCAGUGGGCGUCACGAACGACAAGAAGGACCGUAAGGAUUAUAAGAUUCGCCGUCAUUCCCGAUCGAGCUCCAGUUCAAGUAACAACUCUGGACGUGGCAAGACUGGCUUGAUCGGCACUGCUAUCGGCGCUGGUCUCGCAGGCGCCGCCCUUGGAGCGGCUACCAGGAGGAAGCACUCUAGCCGAUCCAGGUCGCCUAAGAGGGUACAGGUUAUACACCCCCGGAGAGAUAGCAGCGACGAUGAGCGCCGUAGGAGGAGAUCCCAUCAACUUCGACGGAAAGCUUCUCGAAGCUCAACAUCUGGCGCCUCCGUCAUCGAGAUUGGCGACACUCACGAAUCACAGGGUGGUUUCUUCAAUGGUUUCUUCGCUGCACCCCCUCCAAAAGAGAAGCGAGUCAACACCACGAGUCUCAAGAAGAAAAAGAAGGGCUUUUUCAAUUUCAGCAACAACUCGUCGUCCUCAUCCGACUCUGAGAUGGCAUUCGGCACCGGCUAUGUGAAGAGGACGCGCCGACGAUCAUCAGGACGAACAUCAGGACGGUCAUCACCUAAGAGACGGAACUCGGAUGAGCGAUUGAAAGCCUCUCUUAUCGGUCUUGGCACCACUGCCGCUGCUAUUACCGCAGCGAAGGCUGGCAAAGGUAAACGCCACAAUGAGGUUGUUGCUGUAAAGGAGAACCGACUCGGUCGCAAGACAAGCCAAACCUCACGACCUGGCUCCCGUUAUGGAGACGACGAGUGGGAGGAUUUGCCGGAUGAUGGUACUUCAGACUCCUCGAGUGACGGCGGUCUCGUUUACGGUGAUUACGCCCUGAAGAAGACCAAGAGCAACGACUCCAUCGGAUCCAACGAUUCAGGGACCAACAAAUGGGGCUGGCGUUGGGGUUUUGGCAAGAAGAAGAGGAGGUCGUCCAAUAAUCUCUACGACAACAUCGCUAGUACAUCUCUUAUUGGACCUACCGCAGCUGGUGCCGCAGGCGCUUUGACUGGCGCAGCUGUUGCAGCUACUCAUGGACACCACGACAGUGAGUCUAGUAGCGCGCAAACACUGCAAUCGGUUUACCCUGUUGCACCUCUUGACCCCAAUGCGUCGUUCGAUGCACGCCGCACAAGCUCUAUCGUCACCAAUCAACCUCCGGUCACCCCAGGCCCUGGUCCUGUCCCCAUCCAGCACCCUCAGCCGGUGCAACAAGUCCCUGGAUCGAUUUAUUCAACACAAGCGCCACCACAAUCUGGCUACACUGCCCCUGCAGGCCCACCAGUCUUCUCACAAGCACCAUACCCACCUCCGUACCCCAUGCAAUCUCAAGUUCAAAACAUCAUUGUUCAAAGCCCUCAGCAUCCUCAAUUCCGUCGAGCGAACUCUUCGCCUAUUCAGAGCUCAUCGUGGAAGCGGGAUGCGGCUAUGGCAGGACUUGCAGCGACUGCUGGGGCUGCCGUAGUGUCCGCACUGAAACACCCUGAUCGCCCUCCUAGUCGCCCACCAUCCGCGAAUAGCAAUGUCCGCUUCAACCUAACGCAAGAGCAAGUAGACAAGGAGCAGCGUGAGCGACGUAAGGAGCAGGACCGCUUAGACGAAGAAGCCAAUCGUCGUCGAGAACAACAAAGAAUAGACGAUGAGGCGCGACGAGAAGAAGAAGACCGUAUUCGCCGAGAGCAACAGCUACGCGAUGAGGAGGCGCGACGAGAAGCAAUCGCGCGACGUGAAGAAGAAGAUCGCGUUCGAAGAGAACAGCAACUGCGAGAGGAUGAGGCUCGUAGAAUCGAGGAAGACCGUCGGCAGACACUGCUUCGCUUGGAGGAAACAGCACGUCAAGAAGAAGAGCGCCGCCGUGAGGAAGACGAACGGCGUCGCCAAGAGUUGCAACGGCAGCAGGACGAGGCCCGCAAGUUCAUGGAUAUCGAACGCUUGGCUAGGCUUGAGAACGAACGUCGUCGUGAACAACAAGAGGCUCAGGCACGCCAGGCUCGAGAAGCAGAAGAUCGAGAGCGUCAGCAACGGAUAGCCCAACUGGAGCACCAGCGCCAGCUUGCAAGCGAGGCAGCCGAAGCUGAGCGGAGACGAAGAGAGCGACUUGAAGCCGAGCAAGAAGAAGCUGCUCGGGCUGAGGCUGCUCGACGCGAAGCUGAGCAAGAAGAAAUAGAGCGACGUCUUCGAGAACGCGAAGGGGACUAUAUCGAUCGCUAUCCGAGCAACCGAGCGCAGAAGCUUGUACAACAACCCCUGGGAGGCUCCAUUGCUUUACCUGCCACUAGUGCCCAGCGAAAGGAGCAGGAGCUGCAAGACCGUGAACGUCAAGCAUCCAAGUCCGACAAGAAGUCUUCUGUUGCUGGCGCUGUAGCCGCUGGCGCUGCCGCAGCAAUCGCGACUGCGGCGAUCUCGUCCUACAGGGACAAAGAGAAGGAGAGAGAGCAAGAAAAAGAACGGGAGCGUGAGAAGAAGCGCGAGCGCAAGCGGGAGUCCUCCUCAUCGAAGUCGUCGUCUUCGAAGAGCAGCAAGAAGCGGGAGUCAACCAGCGUCAAGACCGUUGAACCUAGCAAAAUCGAGCAGGACAUGUUCGACGAUGAGAUCUUUGACCCCAAUAUCUUCAAGCAAGACAACUCUCGCCAACAAGCUCGCGACGUCUUACAAGACUGGGAGGACAGGUACUCUGCCGAGCCAGUCUCUCAAGCUGACUUCUUCGCGCCGAAAGAGCUUCUGACCAACGACAACCUACCAAAGGUUCAUCCCGUAGACCCGAACGAGGGUGCUCCUGACCUUCCUGUGUACCAGUCAUAUGAAGACUACCCGAUCAGCCAACCCAAGAUUCCACCGUAUCCUCCAUCGUAUUCGUUCACGGCCACCAGGAAUGGUCGGCCUUCUCAACCACAACCGCCGCCUGUACCUUCGCUGAACCUCAUUUUGCCUACACCCCCCGGUAGUCGCGCACCCUCUGUGCGUAGUCCAUCGCCAGCAGUGGAGCCUAUCAGGGAAACCAGGCGCGAGCCAAGGGACGACGAGUCAAAUCGAGCAAGAUCUAGAGUGAGUUGGGGCGAGAACCAGUUCCACCACUUUGAUGUCCCCACUCCAGAGUCCUACCGCGAACAAUUCGUCUCUGACGGCGACCUCAAGUCGCGUGAAUCGAAGCAACCUGCCGACGAGACCACAGUUGAGCGGGAGACGUCUAAGCCUCAUCAGACUACGUCUACUUAUACACCCUAUCGCCCAGAGAUGUCAACAGUGCCAGAGAGCAAGGAGACCGCACCUAGUACACAGUAUGUUCGUGACAAGGAUGACUCCACGUGGGACAGUGUCGUGGAUGCUGCUUCCAAGAAGAGCAAGACCAAGGAAAAGAAGUCCGCGGCCGCCGCUGCGGCAGCAGCUCUUACCACUGCAGCGGUUCUUUCUAGAGAAGAAAAUGAUGAACGCGACUUGCGUGACUUCAGACCCACCGCGUCCAGCUUAAGCAACCCGUUUUCUGAUGCGAAUAUGGCGCCUUCCACCAUUGCUGCAUCAACUACUUCGGCAUCAACCAUUUCGGCAGCACCGUCGUGGCCUUCCACUAUCACUCCGUCGAACAUCUCAGCAGCGCCAUCGUGGCCUUCCACUAUGUCUCCAUCAACUAUCUCGGCGGCACCGUCUUCCACCAUCUCUCCAUCGAUCAUCUCUGCUGCACCAUCUACGAGCAGUGUGCAGACAGCAUACUGGCAGCCUGAACCAGAGCGCAACGCGUGGAGAACCCCCCAGCAGGACCCAAUUGGACCUGGUUUUGUUGAAGGAGAGGUUUCUACACCACCAGCGAUCAUGCACAUGCCUGGUGGUUGGGAUGACAUGCCCGAGUCUGAAGUACCCGCAGAGGGGCCCUCAGCAUACUCGACGAAAACGGACGUAAAGGGUAAGGACAAGUCUAAGGAUACUGAUGAACGUGUAGCUAUGCAGAAUGUCUCUCGACGUGGGGACGCAACACCCACCGUGACUUCCGCACCAGUCAAAGAGAAUGAAGCCGAGCCAGAGGUCAAGACAAGCAAAAAGGACAAGAAGAAGAAGUCCAAGAAGUCAUCGAAGCGAGCUAGUGUAGAUACAUGGGAGAUGAGCGAACCCAGCCCACCAUCAAGCCCGAUUAUCGAGCGCGAUCCCAGGGACAUUGAACCUUCCAGAGACCCCAGAGACAUCGAGCCAUCGCGGGAUCCCAGAGAUAUCGAGCCUACUCAACGCGCUGAAGCCUCGCGUGCCCCUGAAUCAUCUCGCUACAACGAGCCAUCUCGAUCCGCCGAACCACCACGACUAGGAGAAGCAUUCCAGGAAUCACCCAGCACUUCUCCCAAGAAAAGCUCUCGUCAGGAGGAGACCAGCGGCAGUAAAUCUGCUACUGCCGCAAUGGCCGGUGGGUUCGCUGCUCUGAUGGGUAUGACUAUGAACCAGGAUCAGAACAGGAUGGCCUCAGACCUCGAGCGUGCCAGGAAAAAUUUGGAGUCUACAGAGAAGAACAAUUCUCGCAACUCUCCUGUGUCUCCGACAAACGGUGCACGCGCACUCGAAGAACACGAGAAGAAUGUAACGAUUCCAAGCUACGCAUUCGAGGGUAUCGACGAGUUAGCCGACAAGACACCGAGACCGAAGGUUCAGAAAAGACAUAGCAGCGGCAAAUGGUCACCAAGCAUUAGUUCUCCUCUCAGGACCGAGACGAAGUAUGACGACUAUAUGGGCGCUCGUACUAUUCCUGAUCCUUCAAGAUAUCAGACUAUGGUCGAGGCUCCAAAGGUCCCCACUACGUCACCUUUCACGACGGCACCUGAGCCACCCACCACUCGUAACGUAAAUGACUCUGGCUACUAUGCUCCCGACGACACGCCACGAAGGGAAAGCAACGAUAAGGAAUCUGACGGAUUCUUUCCCACAGGCUCCAACGACAAGGAGAGGGACAACUAUGCUCGAGACGAACGCGAUCAGGACAACGAUGACAGAUACGACGAUGAUUUCGACGACAGGUCACGUAGAUAUGAUGACGAUGACAUCGGUUCGAUCGCCUCUCUGAGUUACAAGUACGAGGACCCAGACCGUGAAGAGAGACGCCGUAGACGUCGGGAAGCCAAGUCUGAGACUCGUGAGAAGAGCCAUGAUCGCGGUUACGAUCUUGAGGAGGGCGGUGAACGAAGGCGACGUCACCGGCGCCAUGAGACUGAAGAUGGUGAUGAUGACUGGGACACGAAGUCUGCCGUCUCCGACACUCGUUCAGAAGUUCCUGGCGAACGACGACGCAAGCACAAGAGGAGGGAAAGCGAGAAGGACAUAUCACCCGAGAGCAAGAGAAGGUCGCGCUCGUCAGCAGCUUCCGAAUACGGCGACUACGACGAUGACCACAAAUCUUCACGAAGACGCUCUAGGCGAGAUGACGACAUGGUUUCUGUCGUAUCCUCUAUCCCAGACCUAGACGAGGAUCGUAGUUCAAGAAGAGAGAAGGAGAAACGCCCAAGUGGCUUGCUAGGCCUGUUCAGCAGCAAGUCGAGGGAGAACCUGGCCGAAGCUUCGAGCAAGUCCUCGAAGUCAAAGGACGACGACGACGAAGAACGCAAACAUCGUAGACGGAAGCAUCGGUCGGAUCGCGGUUCCACUUACGGCGGCUCAGACGAUGAUGACAUGCGCUCCACGAUCUCAAGCAGUAGUCGACGCGAGAAGAGGAGCAGUCGCAGUCGCAGUGAGAAAGGAGAUGGAGACAGGAGGGAUGCUUAUGACGAUAAGGAUACUUUACACCCUCGAACCCCGCCCUCGCAUGCCGAUGAACAACAACCAGAACAACCGUCUUUUUUAGGCGAUCGGGCAGUGGCCACGGCCACUCCAAGUCCACUGCCCGUAGGUGAGCCUGUCGAUCAGGCCCACGAGGGUAGUGGCAUAAUCCCUGGAGAUCGGCCCGAAUUUCCUCUUUCGACAUCAGACGAUGCCCAACGCCUCACCGCCUCUGAAGACACCGACCGACCCAGAACACCACCCGAGCUGUCGUUCGAGGACAGCCGCGCGUUACUAACCCGUCUUACAGGUCUUCAGCCUUGGCAAUUAGAAGCUUUCCCAGACGAGCUUCCUCCCCUACCGCUGUCUAGGCCAGGUUCGCCAACCCGAUCACCAGAUGUCUCGCGUCCUACUACUGCAACGUCUCAACGCCGGCUAUCCUCUACUGCAGUUCCUAUACGCUUUCGCAAGCCCGUUGUCCCCUCUACCACUGAUCCAAGCUUAGCCACUAGUCCUGUCUCUAUUGCCUCACCAACUCGUUCUCGCCAUGGCAAGACCCACUCUACAGAGUUCAGAAACUCUCGCGAGUUUCGACCACUGUAUCUGGUGGAGCGCAACCGCAAAACCGAUGAGAUCGACGAGGUACUUCCAGCGCUCCCACCCAGUAGUGCAUCUUCAGUUGUCUCCGGCGCAGACUCAGAGGAAGAGUUCGAGUCCGCUCUAGAAUCACCGUAUGAGAGCGUUGGGCAAUCGUCCAAUGAUCCAUCUUAUGAUCCUCUAAGUGCCGUAUCCGACCUCAUUUCGCCUCGCUAUGGAACGGAACCUCAACAGCCUGAGGUUGCACACCGUGAGGCUGAAGAGAUCGAGGAAUCCGGGCAAGCUACACCGAAAGCUUCAGACUAUUUUACAGGUGCGCAGGAAACGUCGUCAGCAUCCAGUGGUCCAAACUAUGAAUCACUUACUGCGGCGUUGGAACAUGCAAGAGCACAAGAACAGGAUGAGUCUACCGAUGAUGCUUUCAUGUCAACCUUGACAUCUCCACAGCCAGAGACGCUUCUCGAUACAAGUGCCCCGCUUGACGAUAGGAUGAUGCGUGACGUGCCUACACCUCGUGAUGCUGCCUCUGCGCCAUCAAGUAGCUCGACAAGACUUCAGGAUGCUGCUCUCGGUGCUGUAGUGGGAGGAUUGACAGCGGCUGCGAUGCGAACGCGUUCCCCUUCGCCAACUAGGUCUGACCGCGAUGAUUUCAAAGACAAGGUUUCAUCAGUCGCAAAGUCAAAGCAGCCUGAAUUUGAGACCGCCGAAAACGUUGUCGAGCCAUUGCCAAAGGAAAAGGGUAAAGGCAAGAAGGGCAAGAAGAGUAAGAAGGCUGUCGCAGCUGAGUCUCCAAUACCUGCACCGACUGAAGAGGUGGUAGAACCUUCGCCCUCUUUCAGCUUCGCUCCGACGUUCGUCGAGGAUGAGGAUGAUUGGAUCAAGAACAGGUCCGAGUCUAUCGUCACCGAUGAUGCUACGCUUGUUGGUGAGCCUGUGGCUACGCCUGCAGAUGCCAAGGACUUUCGACAGAAAGUUCUGGAUAGUACUGCACCACGGAAAGACGAGUCUACUGAAGUCAGACGCGCUACCUUUGAUAACGUUCCUCAAGAAGCUGCGAGGUCAAUCGAAAAAGUUGAAAAGGCAGAGACAGGGCUUGGAAUAUCAACCGAUUUCGCCCCAGCGACAUCAAUAUCUUCACGGGAUGCCCCUGCGGAACCUAGUUCUUCCAUGCCCGCCGAUGUGUCAACCGCUGAGCCUAUCAUUGAGUCUAUCAUCGAGCCUGUUACUGAGCCUGUUACUGAGCCUGUUACUGAACCAGUCGUUGAGCCACCUACCGAAUCAGCCACCGAGCCAAUUAUCGAUGAGGAGGUUACACCUGCACCAAAGGCCAAGAAGGGAAAGAAGAGCAAGAAGGGAAAACGCGGUAGUAAGCAAGUUGAGCCCGAACCAUCGUCUUUACCAGAAAUCGCACCUCAAGAUGACCAGAUAUUGCCUUCGUCAGAGUCACAACAGGAGACCAUUAAGCGCGAUAUUCUUGAGCCAUCUUUUGAACGCACUGAGACGAAUGACAAGGUCGAUGUUAUGGACUCUUUGGUUCAAGAAGACGUGCCAGCCGCCUCGGCUGAUGAGGCAAUGUCAAAGAAGAUUGUACCUACACCUGUCGCUUCUACGAACCCCAAAGAGCCUGAGAUGGAAGUUCCAGCUGGGCCUGCUACACCCGAGCUUCAAGCUCGUCCUAGCACAUCCGACGGUCCUGAACAAGCUAAGAACAAGGUCAACGUCGAGGAACAACGUCGAGCCUCCACCAUCGAAGGACAAUCGGGAGGAUCAGGCUGGGGUUCCGGCCUGUGGGGUGCUCUUGGAUGGGGCAAGAAAAAGGCGCCAUCACCAACAUCCUCGCCUCCAUCCUCACCUAAACCCCAGUCUGCUGUCCUGGCUGCGCUGGCUGCUGCUAGAGAAGAGGCUAAACGUAAGGGAUUGCCAUCCCCACCGAUCGUGCCUGACAAGAAGAUUGCCACAGUCGGGAUCAGGCCCACUCUUUCUCGAAAGAGUACACAGGACGAACCAGCAAAGCCGCAGUUACAGCUCGAGACUGAAGUCAAAAGAGCUGCCGUACCUGAUCAGCGUCCAGCCGAGGCAACCCGCGAACUUGUUCAAGACGAAGCAGGCUCCACUGUCACACCCCACACUGCGUUCUUCACUGACGAUGGUAAACCUUCUUUCGCAUUCCCUAAGAUGCCAGCGACACCUCAGAAGCAGACUUUCGAUACUCCCAAGGACAUUCCUGCUGUCGAAGAGAAAACUACGUCGCAACCUGAAGAAGCCACACCGUCUAUUGCCUUCUUCACAGACGAUGGAAAGCCAUCUUUUACAUUCUCACCUGUACCUUCCACACCUGCAGCUACGUCAACGGCAACAGAGUCUGAAGAACUGCCUGCUGCGAAGGAGGCAAAGAGCCCUGCUUACGUCUCCCCACACAGCACAUUCUUUACCGACGAUGGAAAACCAUCAUUCACCUUCCCGACGAUGUCGUCUUCUCCUGCCAUCGAACCCAGCUCCACAGCUAAAGAGAUCCCCAUCACAGAAGAGACCACAGCUUCUGUGGGUGUCUCACCGCGUAGCACGUUCUUCACUGAUGACGGAAAGCCUUCGUUCUCGUACCCUUCGAUACCAUCUGCUACUGCAGAGCAAGCUACAUCGAUUGCGAAGGAAACGCAGGUUCCGCGGGAACAAACCCCAUCCACUUUCGUUGCGCCUCGGAGUACGUUCUUCACUGAUGAUGGGAGGCCAUCAUUUGCGUUCCCAUCAAUCUCUAUACCUGCUGAGCAGGCAGCCUCGAAUUCCACCGACACGAAAAUCGAAACGGAGCAAGAGUCAUCUGCGUUCGCUGUACCCCGGAGUUCCUUCUUCACCGAUGACGGAAAGCCACCGUUCGCCUUCGGAACUGUCUCUACACCCACAGCGUCCUCGGUAUCGGUCAACAAAAGCACAGCCAUCGAAGAGAAGACUGCAGAACCUUUAUCUCUUGCUCGAAAUGCUUUGUUCGCUGAUGAUGGGCAACCUACCAGCACGAUCUCUGACUCAGUCCCGACUGAAUCUGGUGGUUCUAUCUAUGAUCGAAUUUCGCUUGAACCUAGCUCGUCAAAGAAGAAGAUCAUCAAGCCGAAGAAAAAGACGAAGAAGAGUAGCGUACAGGUUCCUGAUCUGGAUGAACCUGUAAACACUGUCGAUACGACUACUGAUGCUUCCGUUGGUAUUGCGUCGGAAGUCUCAGACGAGCAACCAGCCACUGGGCCUGUCGAGCGCCAGCUCGAAGCUGAAAGAGGUGAACAGGUAGCACUUGAAGCUACACUUCUUAGCGAAGAGCCGCCUGCUGUCGUUUCUGCUGAAUCAGCCGUUGAAGUCAACGAGUCAGUGGCUGCAGAAUUGUCCAUUCCAGCCGUUGAUGAGGUCACUCCAUCUGCUGGCAAGAAGAAGGCCAAGAAGAGUAGGAAGAGCAAGACUGCUGAGCCCGCGAUGACUGAAGCCGAGACAUCGGCUACCACAUUGCCUGUUGUACCUUCUGCUGAGCGUUCGCUUGAUGCAUCAUGGAAUCCGGCACUGCGCAGCGAGAAGGAGCCGAGUCGACAAGUCAGCGCGACACCCACAAGUGAAUCGGUGACUACAGCCGAGGAUAUCGCCAUCAACGAGCCCUCGGCCACGGAGACCGUGCAAGAAAGGACUGCGCCAUCAGAGAGCGAGGGUUUGAAGCUCGUACCCGAAGCCACAUCAACCACAGAAGAGGUUGCCCUUGAAGAAUCCUCUCUUCCUCUGGACUUGGAGACUGUGACAAAACAAGAAGCACCAACUGAGUUCGUGUCCUCUGUCCAAGACGAUGCACUCAAUACGAAGAUGAGUGAGAAGAGUGGUAUCCCCGCGCAGGAACCCUCACCCACUACGGUCUCUGAGUCUGUCGAAGCAAGCGAAAAGUUAUCUGACCAGCCGACUGCCACCCAGGACAUACACCAGUCUACCACAGUUGAGGCUGCCAACAUACCUUUGCCUGACGAACAAUCCGACAAAGAUCUCACGCACCCUUCCGAGAAAGAUACCUCUGUAGACGUUACUGACGAGACUAAGCCAAAACUCGAAUAUUCGUCAGCGCCUAUAGAAGCUGAGCUUCCUACUACGCCUAAGACUAAGAAGAGCAAGAAGAGCAAGCGGAAAAGUGGUAUCGCGACGCCCCUGCCUGAGAUCGAAGUCGCGCCUGAGCAAGUUACAGCUCCCCUUCAAACGUCUACACCGGCCAGUGAGCCGGUAGCUGUUACAGAAGAACUUUUUGAUCAGACCCGCGAUGUUGAGCGACCGCCAUUGAUUGAACAGGUUGAUGCUGUAGAGGUUUCUCUUCCCCAGCAGAAGCUUGACGAUGUAGCUGAUCCUGCCACUGUACCUCUUCCGACUGCCGCUUUCGACGAAGAUUUGUCUACGCCAUCAGAACAGCCAACAAUUACAGCUGAGGCCUUGACUCCUAUCGAAUCGAAGACGGAGGAUACCCCAUCAACUCCCACUUCGAAGAGAGACAAGAAGAAGAAGGGCAAGAAGACCAAAGAUAUCAAACCCUCCGUGGAGAAGGUCUUUACGCAAGAGGAAAGUGCUAAUGUUGAGCCAAGCGUGGAGCAAGAGAACACUAAUAGAGAGAUCGAUCAAGAGGAGGCCACUAUCGCUGUACAAGCGCCAGUAGAGCUCAAAGAUGAGAUUCAGGAUGUUGAUGCGAAGGAUUUAAAUACGAAGGAUUUGGAUGCCGAGAAGGUCGGACCAGUUGUUCUCGAAGAGCAGCCACAGCUGGACGUUGUCGUUGAUCAGGCACCCAAGGAGGGACCCACGGAGCACACCAACGAUAUUCCCCAAAAGAUAAAGCCAACGCAUCUUGAGCCAGACAACUCAUCGGUAGCUAAACCAAGCCAGGUCGCAGAUCUAGUGUUUGAUGACGUUGCGGAUGUACCUUCUUCUAAGAAAGACAAGAAAAAAAAGAAGGGCAAGAAGGCAAAGAUUUCGAUCGAGGAGCCUAGUACACCAGUCCUUGAGGAACAACCAGAGUUAGAGGAUGUUCAAGCUCGCCCUGUUGUCGCCGCUUCCCAACCUGCGGUGGAACAGUCUGUACAACAGGCGGCAAAGUCGGAGCCUAUCGUUGACGACGUAAUCCCUGUGCAGGAGGAGUUCAACUCGGAAACCCUACAGCCUUCCACUGAGAGCGCAAUCCCCGUCAUUGCGGAGCAAUCGGAAUCGCUACAGCCUGUAACGGUCGCAGAUGAAGAAGCCAAAACAUCAUCGAAGGAUAGCAAGAAGGAUCAGGCCAAUGAGGAUGUAUCAAGCGUUCCACCCAUUGGUGCUCAGCGCGGAUUGGAACCUCAGACAGAAGUUGCUGGAAGUCAAGACCUUCCUGAAGCGAUACAUGAAGCGCAACAGGAAACCAGAUCCAUCCGCGGAGCAUUGGACAAUGUUCUCCCUGAAUCUAUGGUCGGUUCUGAGUCAACUCCAGGAGUCACCGAAAGGCAAUCCACCUUUGAUGAUUCAAUGAUCUCGCAAGUGGCUCCAGUCGAAGAGCAUUUGCAAUCUGCUACGCUACUGGAAGAAGAGCCUACAACGCCAUCGAAAAAGUCCAAAAAGAGUAAACCAGUCGAGAUUGAACCCACACCUAUCGACGUAGCAGAUGUGAAAGCGGAGACUGAACCUUCUAUCGAAGCCGCUGGAUCCGGGCCGAUCGCAGAUCACAUUCCAGCUACAUCUCUUAAGCCACUUGAACAGCCCCAGGUCGAGUCCCAAGUGACACGCAGUGACCGAGCACUCGAUGUUUCUCCCGAGCUACCUGUAGAGUCAGUCACGGAAGCUUCUCAGCCUUCACUCCCUGCCGAGGAUCCCCCACGCGAGCCAUCACGAGAGACGCUGGCUAUUGAACCAGAGACAGUGCCUCUUCCAGAAACGCCUGCCAGAGGGAUUGACGAGCCCAUCGCAGAUGAUCAGCUUGCUACGCCAUCUAAAAAGAGCAAAAAGAAGAAGGCCAAGAAGGGAAAACCGACCGAAACCGAGCCAAGUACGCCUGUUACUGAAGUAGCUACUUCUCAGCCUGACCCAUUCACGAACUCCGCCCAACCUGAGCAACCCACAGCUGAAUCCGUUCCUUCAGCGCAGGCUGAGCCCGCUAAGUCAGAGCAAGCUGCGUCAUUGGCUGAGCUUGUAGCUCUUCCCGACACCGAUGACAAUGAUCUGGAAGAGCCGGUAGUCCCCCAAGUUGAGGUUCCUGAGGAUGUCCCUGUCGUCCAUGAAACUGUUGUAGGCAUCUCUGAUAACGCUACUGGCACACAGCAGGAGAUCGCUCAAGAUCUUAUCGUCCCUGCAUCGCCUACGCAGCCAGCUGUAGAGGCUGAGCCAAUCUCCAAGAAGAGCAAGAAGAAGGCUAAAAAGGGCAAAUCCAUUGACACUAGUGAGCCUAGCGCACUGGCUGAUGAGGAGCCAGCACCACAGUCCGACAUCCCUUCCGAGCCUUCUCAAGACGCCAAACGCAUCGAAGAUGAUGUGCCGCAGCCGCCGCAGGAGAGCUCUAGGGAAAUUCCAUCGAAUUUGCCGAAGGAGGUGCAAGCAAAUGAGGGUGCCACCCAGGAUGUCGAGCUCCAACAGGACUCAGCGACACUUAGACAUGAGUCUAUCACCGAUGAUGCUGCUACAGCUGUCAAGCCCGAUGUUACAUCUGGUCCUGUUACGCAAGAUCCUACUGAGCAGCACCACACCAAGGACAUCUCAGCGCUCAAACCCGAGCUUGGCGAUGUCUCCUCCGAUAAGCCAACUGACUUCGUUGCUGAUGUCGCUACUCCGGUGACACCUCUUGAGUCUAGCCUUACGGGUGAGCAGCCUGUACUAGACACUCCCGCUGGCCCAAGCGCUGAGAUGGAUCGUGCUCUGGUAGCUGACCAGUUUACACAACCCGUUUCAUCUGCCGUACCAUUUGAUGACGUUGCACCACCUAGCAAAGCAGUCACCGACGCUCCACGUGCCGAAGAAACGGUACAAGACGAAGAUGCUCCUAGCACGCCUAAGAAGAACAAGAAAAAGAAGAAGGCCAAAAAGGGAGCAUCGGCUUCCGAGCCUGAGACUCUUGUUGCCGAGUCUGCGCCAAUCACUUCCGAGACCACUAUCGCAGCAACUAAGGAACCGACCACUCAAAGCGUUGUUCGUGAGCUUAGUGCCACUGAACUUCUGCCAGAGCAUAUUGAGGCUCCUACUGCCGAGCAGGAUGUCAUCACUUCCACGACACCCACCCAGUUCCAGGAAGACGCCCAACCGAUCGUUGUCGGAAAAAUGCGCGACGAGCCCGUUCCGGAACAAGGCGUUGAGGCUGCAUCGCUCUCGAACGAAGACAAGACAGGCCAGGAAGCUAAAAAGGCCAGAGUCGAGAGUGAGGCGCCCAAGAAAUCUUCUACGCCUGCCGAGGCUAGGAUGCGAGCUUUCGAUGAACCAAAUAUCGAAGAGCCAGUCGCGUCUAAUGCUCAAGAAAAGCCUACACAAGAAUCCGUCGUUGAGACACAGACCGUUCUCGAGACCGCAUCUCCGACAUUGACGCCAGUGGAUAGUAACAUUCAAGACGAUGUACCUCCAACCACGUCGCCGGCUGAACAUGCCAUCGCCAGUAUCCCGGACGAUCCCACACCUGUGUCCAGAGACCAAGAUGACGCCAUGGUUACACAGUCUGAUGCUGUCGCGUCUACAGCUGAGCAGAAGCAAGCAGAGGAGACGACUUCCAAGAAGAGCAAGAAGAAGGCUAAAAAGGACAAACGUGCUUCCGUCGCUGAAGACCCGAUCCUGCACCCUGAGCCAUCGGCUUCGUUACCCGGAACUACUGCAGAGGCACCAUCUACGUUUGCUGAAGUUGCAGAAUCUGCAAGAGCAACUACCUCAAACAAAGAGCCCAAUCUCGAAAUUACGCCUACCUCAAAUGUGUUUGCCGAACGUGAUACCGUUCCCGAUGCCACAGCUCCACCCGUUUCUGAAGCAAGUAUCGUAGAGAGAAACGAAGCGCUAACAUCCGACGAGCCAAGUCAGCAGAUGCCAACUAUCGAUGCACUCGUGCCUGAGGAACCCAACAUAGUAGUUGCCACAGAAGAAGCUGCCGCGCCUCUCUCGAAGAAGGACAAAAAGAAAGCUAAGAAGGCCAAGCGCGUUUCAACCACUCAAGAGCCUACUUUCAUUCCGCCCACUUCCAUUGAGGAAAAGGCUGAGCCAGUGCUGGAACAGCAGAUCGAGUCCACGACUCCAGCUACUGAGGGACUUAUCUCUGAAACCCCUGUCAUUGAAGAAACGCCAAUUACUCUUCUCGAUGUUGCUGAAGAGCGGACAACGAUACCUGCACCUGUCCAAGAGCCUGUUGCGACACUUUCGCCUAUCUCUGAGGUGCCUAUUCAAGUCGAAGCUGCGCCAGAGGCCGCAGGGCCUGUUCCAACGAAAGACGAGAAGAAGGCGAAGAAGCCAGAGCGCGAAUCUAUUGUUGAUGCUACUUCAGUCGAGACGCCAGUAGAGAAGUCCCAAGAACGCUCUCUUGACACUGUUGCUGCGAGCGUUGAGCAACAGCCUUCCGAAGUCGCAUCAGCCGAGCUUGCUGCAACAUCUGCCAUUGUUGAGGAAUCCAGCAAGGACGAGACCUCUUCCGGCGUACCGGCCGAAGACAAGCGAUUUUCAUCGACUUCUGUUGUAGAAGGAAAGUCAUCUGACGCAGUAGUAACUGAGCUGCCUUCUACAAUUGUCCCGACCGAGGGUCCUGCCGAAGAGCCCACAACACCUUCGAUCACUAAUGAGCCGGUAAAGCUUUCUAAGAAGGAGAAGAAGAAAGCGAAGAAGAACAAGCAAGGUUCAAUCGCAGAAGCUGAGCCAUUUGUUCCUUCCACUCCGAUGAAUGAGCCUGUCAAAGGGCUUGCAGAAAAAGUCAACGAUGGUGCCGUCAUCGAUCAAGACCCUAUAGCACCAGCCGUCGAGCAGACAGAGGCUUCGGUUGCUGCACCCGCAUCCUCCGAAGAAGUAGCAGCAUCUGUACCUGUUACAGAACAGGUCCCCUCGAAAACCACACAAGAAGAAGAGACUGUGUCGUCGUCAAAGAAAGAGACGGAGAAAGUGGAGAAAGUGGAGAAAGCAGCUGAACAGACUUCCACCGCCGAGGCCACAUCUUCUAAACCUCUUGUUUCCACCGAGGCACCGACCCAAACAGCUAACCCAUCUUUGGAUGAGCAGCCUUCUGCGGAGCUGCCUGAGGAGACAACUGACACUGCAACCACUGAGGCGCUGCAAACAGAGGUCAUAGACUCGGCUGCGCCAGUUGCCGUUGCUGAAAAGGGAACUGGAAGCGAGGGGCUGAUCACCAGCGAUGAUGGGAACGUUCUCACAGAGGGAACGCAAUCCAUCAUUCCACCUGCGGCUGAGACUACAAUAUUAGACGUACCAACUAUGCCUAGCACCGGAGCUCUCCCUAAAGAUGCCAAGCAAGACGAUGAGCAAGAGCCAGAAGACUGGGCUGGACUUUCGAAGUCGCAGAGAAAGAAGUUGAAGAAGGCCAAACGCGCGUCGGCUGUUGGAAGUGAACAAUCUGAGUCUGCAACGCCAGCUGAAGAUUUUCUCAAGGACCCUACUUUUGAGUCUCAACUAGCCGAUAGUCAAGCAACUCAAGAGCCCACUGACGAGCACAAACCGACAGAUGCAUCCCGCCAGUCCACCGUUCCAGGUGUGGCCUCUACUAAUGAGAUAAAACAGGUCGAAGAGCAGCUUGAACCGCCUACUGCGACCAGUGAGCCAACAACCGACCCAACGCCAGCUGAACAACAAGCCACUAUCGUCGCUACUCCAGAGCAACGUCCAGGCGAUCCCAAGCCACCAGACAAGGAGCCAGAUCCGCUUUCACCUUCGUCCAAGAAGGACAAGAAGAAGGCGAAGAAGCAAGCUAAGAAGGCGGUGCCUUUUUUAGCGGAUGAGACGCCUGAGGCAGCCAACUCUGAUACUCAGCCGUCUCUGUCGAUCCCUACACUUUCGGAGACCCAACUACCUUUCUCGGGGAUACCGACAUCCCAUCCCCAGCCUUUUACGAAUAAUGAGCUUGUUGAUAAUAAUGAUGUGAAGAUUGAGGAUGUAAGGGAGGAUGGUGGACAUGAAGAGGGGAAAAAAGAGGAGGAUUUUGAAUAUGAGGUGGCGAAAAGGGUAGUGGAAGAUGUAAAAGAUCAAGGGGUAGGUGAGAGACAAGAGGAGCAGAUGGAAGAUGUUAGAGCUGAAGCCGGCAAGGAAAAGCUUGCGGUCGUGGAGGGAGAGGUCCCAGAGACCAUGACUACAGAGCCGAGCGCUACUGGAUUGGAACCAAUGGCUGUCGAGCAGCAAGCUGCGCCGAUUCCAUCGCAAGAGCCUGCAACUGCUGAAGUUGAUGCUGCACCGUUGGAGAUCGAGAAGCCGACACUCGCUGUGGAAGAGCCUGCGCCGGAGCCAAACAUCUUGGACAAAUCCACAGUUGUAGAAUCAUCUCCAGCUGUGGAUGUCGAGCCAACAAGCACGCCAGAAGUCUCUAUUCAACUGGAGCUGCCACAACACCACGUUUCCGUUCUACCAGACUCUGUGACAGACCAGCCGACUGUUCUUCAUCCACAAGAAGAGACUGAUAACAUUGUGGAAGAAGCUAAUUCUACAUCGACUGCACAGCCAUCACGCCUACUUGACGAAGCUAAUGAGGUGGCCGCUCCUUCUAAGAAGAAAAAGAAGAACAAGAAAGCCAAGCACGUAUCCACUGCCGAAGAACCGGAACAGCAGACCGGACUUCUCAAGCCUGAGCAAGACAUUACGGACAAUUUGAGCGAAAGUAUCGCAGCUCCAGAACCCAAGGAGCCAGUCGCUUCUUCCAUUGAGGAUGUCCAACCUCUAGAGGAUUCCGUACUCGUCGAAGACAAGGCGGUAGUAAACACUCCUGAGCCGAAGGCUGAUGCAAAGCCCACUGAAGAGGAAACUACCUUCAAUGACGGUCAGGCAGUCACCGAUAUCCACGAGUCUGGCCUUUCCCCAAUUGCGGCAGAAGAACGCCAGGAUGUGCUUACACAGCCCGAUACGUCCACACCUGUGCCUGGUUUCGAUAACGAGCUAACUAGCGCGGAACCUAUACUCAAGGACACAGAGCGUGUAGUUGGUGGCAUUAAACAGCCUGUAACUGCUCCUUCAGAAGCUGAGCAAACACAAAAGCCACAAUUCGAUGAGCCCAUCUCUCCCAAGAAGAGUAAGAAGAAGAGUAAGAAGGCCAAGCAAACGUCUAGCAUGAAUGCGCCUACCGAGACUACUGCUGAGGUUCAGCCUUCACAACCGGAGGGACCACCUUCGGUACAGCUCGAAUCAACGCAGACGGCGUCUGAGCCGGUUACUGAGCUUGAAGUAUCACGUGAGAUGCCUGUUUCUGAUCAACACAAGGAUACUCAACCAUCUGCCACUUCAAUUAGCAAUACGCCAGCUGAUGUGAUGGUGACUGUACCAGAGGAACCCACUUCCACGCCUCUGGAGGAGGUACCACAGCUUCCUCUAGCCGACAUCAAACGCGAAGCACCUACCGAGACUCAAGAGGUUGUAUCUGACCCAUCGGCGGUAUCACAGCCUGCUUUGCAGACUUCUGGUGACAUACAAUUGCGCACCGAGGAGCUUCCGGUACCAUCGCUGUCAAAGAAAGACAAGAAGAAGAUCAAGAAGGCGAAGAAGGACACCGACACUACAACACCUGCCGAAGACGUUGUUUCGGGACUACCACACGAUCCAAUCACCGAAGCCGUGCCUGCUCAACAAAGCCAGGGGGUUGCUGAGCUAGUCCCCGAAUCAACACCAGUUGAAGAUGUACUUGUGUCAAAGCCAGACGAUGUUGCGUCGGCUUCAGAGAGCAGGGCCGUUGAGCCGACAACAUCUGUCGAUUCUCGGCCCGAGCUAGACGUGGCUGCUGAACCUGUUCAAGUUGCUUCUCAGGUACCGUCGCUCGAAGACCGUACUAUCGACCCGCCAGCUGAGACGGCCGAUGAUAUGCCGGUUGCAGUAUCUGACCUCGAGAUCCCGCCGCAUGCCCAGAUGGAGCAGCUUUCGACCCCUACUGCAGGACAAGAGUCUUCGCUUAGUUUAGCUGACGCCGCACCUUUGUCCAAGAAAGACAAGAAGAAAGCCAAGAAGGCGAAAGCGAAAGCUUUGGGUAGGGACACACCCGUCAAUGAAGAUAUAGUCGAACCCAAGGCUGAAGCCGCACAAGAUGUCAGCGCUCGCAGCAAUGAGCCAGUUAUCCAGGACGCACUGACUGACGCGCCUCACGACGAAGCCGUGGCCGAGAAAUCUGCACUCCCAGUAAACCAGGAAUCUUCACUCGAUGAUAGCGCUCUUCAACUGCUUCCGACGCAGGUCGACAAGGAAGAAAUCACGAAGUCUGGUUCUACGACGCCUUCUACAGAGAACGUCCCAUCCGUUCCACCGGCUGUCACCCUAGAGUCUAUUGUUGAGCAAUCGAGCAAAGACGAGCAAGUCCCUACAACGCAAGAUGCCCCGGUUGCACGAGAAAUCUUGAUUGACGAGCCGACUGAGGAAGCUGUCGGCUACGAUGCGUCAGUUCCUACUGCCGUGCCAGCACUCAUCGAAGAGCAGCCCAAAAAUGUACCAGCAGUAGCCGUUGAAUCUCAAGCAGAGGAGCCAGCAUCGCCAACGAUCUCGAAGAAGAAGAAAAGCAAGAAGAGCAAGAAGACAGAUGCCAUGACGCCAACAACCGAAGCUGUACCCGCAGCUGAGUCUGACAGCAUUAUCACAGCUGCUGAUAGUGUAGUGCCUCUUACAACUGAGGCUCGUGUCUCUUUCGCACCAGUCGUGGAUGAGCAGCCCAAGGUAGAGGAAGCUGCAACUCAAGCGGAGGAUCUUCCACUGCAGGAGACAACUGUCUCUACACCUGCCACUGAGACUGCACUUGCAGCUAGCGAACGAGAUUCAGUGCCACAGACAGCGAUUCUGGAAGAAGCCAAGAGUGAGACAGACAUGCGAGAGUCGGUUCCUGAACGCAAGCUGAGCAAGAAAGAGCGAAAGAAAGCACAGAAGCAGGCUGCUGCUCUGGCUGAUGAAUUCAAGGUUGACAGUGAGCCUGCUGUCGAGCCUUCCAUCGAGCCGUCCACCGACUAUGCGUCAGCAGAACCAUCGCCUCUGGCUGAUGUUCUCGACGCAAAUUUGGUUGAACCUACACAAGACCCCGCCCUAAUUGCUCGAGAUCCUGUCGUCGGGCGCGAGGGUUCUCGCGAAGUACCCGAACCUGUACGAGAGGAUUCAACCGUAAGGACGAUCGAGUCACUGCCUGAAGUCGUAGAAGUAGAGAACGUGGUUCCCGUAACUCCCAAAAAAGGCAAGAAGGCUAAGAAAGACAUGAAGAGUGCGGCCCAGCCUGUUGUUGUCGAUGUCGCAAAUGAACCCGUCAGCGAAUCGUUUGAACUUCCUGGACAGACAAAGGCAUCGGAAGCGCUCGAGAUCGAGCCCAUCACUACUGGCGCACCGCAGUCUACCGAUCCAAAGGAUUUAGAGGAAACCGUUCAGGACACGGAGCAGUCAGUGAUGAUUCCGAUCGAAGAGCCAUCGAAAGUGGCAGCAAAAGCUGAGGGUGAGCCUUUUCCUGCCGUCAGCGAUACUCCGGAAUCCGCCGAGCAGCCUAGAACACUAACUGCGUCACAAGAGAUGGAUAUCGCAGUGCUACCGAACAGCGUUCCAUCGAGCUUUUCCGAGGUGCAAGACAGUUCUGUUCCUCAAGUUCAAGCAUCAGCGCCAUCGAAUGCAAAGGAAUCCGAGCAAAAGCCCUUGCAGGAGCCGUCCUCGGAUUUCCUAACCGUCGCGCCGGCUAUUGUGGACCUCCAAUACCAGACCGAGGAAGUUGAACCACUUCCCAAACCUUCCACAUUCCAGCCCGUCAAUGAGGCCGCUCACAGAUCGCAAGCGACCCGAGAGGUGACAAACGACUGUAGCGAUAUUGUGAAAGACCUAGCUGAAGCGUCAGCUGAGCCCGUUGCUAUCUUGGAUGAAACCAGGGAUGUGCCAAAGGUAUCAUCUGAAAACACCGAUGCCCAGCCGAGUAUCGUCGAGCCAUCCAAUCUAGAGGCACCUAUCCCAUCUCCAUCAAUCAUCACAGAGGAAGUGUCCUUUGAAACUCCUAGCUCAAAUGCAUACGACAAGGGGGUCUCGCCUGUAAUCCCCACUGAUGCCUUGAUCUACCACAAUGACAGUUUACCUACGAAUACCGAGGUCACAAAGGAUAUCGAACGACCUACGACACCAAUCGUAGGGAACGCACCGACCGUCACUGAGGCUGAUGCAGACCAAGUGUCUCAUGUCUUCGAUGCGGCUCCUGAAGAUACCCAGCGAGGCCUUGAUGAGCAGCAGCCUAUCGAACCCACCGACUCUUUCACUGCACACCAUGGAGCGGGCCCUGUUACUCAAGACGAUGAUGUUCCACCAAACGAGCUAUCACCCUCCCUCAAGGCGAUUCAAGAUGAUGCUGCUGAACUGCGACUUCGUGCCGAAGCCCUCGACGCAGAUCUCGCCACACAAGGAGACGCUGACAAGUCUUCUGCCACUGAGCCGACUUCUAUAUUAGAUCUGGUAAGAAGGCUUACAAAGAAGGAUAAAGAAGAGGCAAAGAAGAGCAAGGGCGACUCUGGUACUCUAUCGACGACUCCUGCGACCCAAACUGAGGUUGCGGUAGAGACGAAGGAGGGCUCCAGAAUGCCUGCACCUGUUUCUGCGCCCACUCUAGUGGAGGAGCAGGUUCUUGAGGAGACGGGAGCUGUUGGCACACCAAUCCCGGUAGAGGAGGGCCUCGUCCCGACCGAUGUGCCUUCCCGCAACCUGAGCAAGAAAGAAAAGACAAAGGAAAAGGCCAAAGGGCCCGCGAUCAGCUUUGAUGAGCUUCACGACACACCAACGCAAUCGAGCGUGCCGAUCGGCGAUAUCCCAAAGCCAGCCAUCAAGCAGCCAAGGGAAAAUUUACAAGUUGCCACUGAACCUUCGGCUAGCACCACCAUAUCAGACGACACUCCCCAACCCAUGCCGCCCAUGGAUGUUGAGAGAGUGGGCCCUAUCGAGCCAGCCACAGUCGAAACCCUAGCUCCGUCGGCCGUCACUGAAGACGUUCAAGAAACCAUUGCAGAAGAUGAGCCAGUGCUGUCGAGGAACCUUGACAAGAAAGACAAGAAGAAGUUUGAACAAGCUAUCGAGUUCCAAGAUACGCCAGUGACUUUGUCCCAGGAUAUCUCUUCCGCUACUGUGGCUGAAUCUCAAGAGGUAGCUUUACCUGAUUGUGGGGUAACUGCUCCAUCUCUAGCACCUGUUGUCGAGAAAUCCCCUAUAAUGAGCGUUGAGACACUCAGUGAGCUCGCUGUGGAGGAACUUGUCGCUGCGCCACAGACAUCAAGCCAAGAUGAGGAAACACGGAUCGAUACCUCAAUCGUUGUGCCAACAGAGACGACCAAAGAUACUCUGCCGCUAGUGGGUCCCGAGCAACAAAAGAUGACCAUCGAUGAGUCACCCGUUCCAUCUCAGGAGCUUAGCAAAAAGGACAAGAAAAGAGUCAAACAGGACGCACUAGCCGCGCAGGACCUUGAAGCAUCCGCCACGAGGGAUGUAUCACUUCUGAAAGCCAGCGAGCCGGCUGCUAUAUCACGACUGCGUGCGGAGCCAGAUGUCAAGAUCACUGAAGUUCUUCCAGAACCUAUCUUGACCGACUACACCGAUUCUACACAUGUCUCAGAGAGCACCCUGGAGCGAGAACAAGAGCUUGCGACUGUCCCUGCUCUAGCACGCAAAGAGACCAAGAAGGACAAAGAGAAGAGCAAAGAGGAUGUGGGAAAAGCCGACGAAGUUCGAGACGAAGAGCCGCUGGUCAAUCCAUUAGAACUCAUGGGCACUCAGCUCCCAGUCCCCAUAGACGCCCCAGUUGGCCUCAUUGAAGAUGCGCCUGUCGCACCGGUAACCGAAAGUCAGCGUGACCUACCUUCAGAGGUCGAACCCCAAGAGAUCAUCGUCCCAGAUGGCAACGCAGAGGAGCCAUUGACUGCCGAGUACCCAACAAUUGAAGCUACGCCUAAGGCCGAAACAACCACAAGGAACAACAAAAAGCAGAGGCGCAAGUCAAUGAUCGCUACCACGUCCUCGGAGGAGCCGGCCAAUGUCACACCUACCGGUCCAGUCGAAGAGAGAGUCGCCAUGCCUGAAGCAAACAUCCUGUCGAGAGUUACAUCGAAUUCUCGCCAGAGGGAGACUGAAGAUAGCAUACUUCCCGCGGAAAACACGACCGCAACGCCAUCAGCGUCCGAGCUGAAUGUCGAAGAAGUUUCUAACAAGCUUAAGGGUGUGCAUUCUAGAUCCAUAUCCGACAUUUCAACCGCUGGUGUUCAAGUCAGAGCCACCGAACCCGACCAUACUCCUCAGCAACCACUGUUGCACAAGAAGUCGUCCAAGAAGCACAAGCUAGCAGCGUUGUUCGAGCGCGGCGCAUCGCAGGAUAGUCCCAGCGCGGAACGUAACUUGCGCAGGGAAGGUUCUGGCAGUGUCAGAAAUCUCGCCGAACGAUACGAGAGUCAGUCUCGAUCUGUCACACCCGUUCUACCCCCAUCUCCUGAGAAGCGUUAUCUAUCUCGACCUGUUACGCCGGUCCUACCUCCAUCGCCCGAGAAGCGCCAUGUAGCUAGAGUUGCGUCCCGUAGUCAACUUGGCUUGGCGUCACCAGUUCGAUCGGAUUCGAAGUCGCCAGCAAGAGAGAUAGACUUCGCAGCCACCGUGGCCGCCAGUUUGCAAGAGUCUGGUUUUGAUCCUGGAUAUGUGAUCAACGACAAGUCAUUCCAUCGCUCGAACUCUAUCUCAGGAGCUCGCGAUAUCACACCAGAUGACGACAUUACCGCAGCAAAAGAGAGAGCCAGUAGAUCUCGGCUCGGAAGCUUAAGUCGUUCUUCAUCGGUCUCUGGCUCUCCAAAACUGCGACCGACGCAGCCUACUGGGCCUGAUGUCUUACCACCUAUCGAAGUGGCAAUGGCACCUACGGACACCGUAUCAUUCGAUCCCCUAGACGUGCUCAAUGACCCUGCUUUUGCAGCGCGAAAGUCACCUCCCGGUGUUCUUGAGGAGGCUGAUCCUGAUGAGUUGGCCGGGUCUUCAAGUCUCAGAAGAACCAAGGGUAAGAAGAGACGUCAUCCUCUACCAGAGAUACCAGUAGUUGUCGAUAAGAUGAGCACACAGGACACUGGGGUCGCACAGACUAAACAAGGCAAGAAGUCAAAGAAGGACAAGGAACAAGCUCCACGUCAGCAAGACGGUGUUGAGUAUGCAGCUGCAGAGACUCCGGCGAUUGAGGCUCUUUCAAAUGUGCCUCUUGCUGUAGAGACUCCAGUUGACUCCACGGUCCGCGAGGUUGAGCCUGCCCGGUCCAUGCCUCACGCGUCGACCAACACUGCUGUCCUUCCGGACGUACCAACACAAGCAACAAACGUAUCAGCCACACCUACUGAAUUUGACGACGUACACUCAAGUAGGCGAGAUAAGAGGGCGGAAUCGAAGAAGACAGUCACAGAAGAGCAACCUGCAGGCAAGGAGGACAGCCUGAUCUUACCUGUGACAUUCGAUCAGGAGCCCCGCUCGCUGACCGCCGAAGAGCCGAGGGAGUACCCAUUUCCCCAGGUGGUGUCACAGGAAAUCUUGAAGCAGUCGAAGGAGGAAACACACAAGCAGGAGUUGGAGAAAGAGAGGGACAUGAACGCAUGGGCCCCAUCGCCAAAAAAGAAGGGCAAAAAGAGCAGGAAUGUUGAAGAAAAGGUUGAUGAGGAGUCUACGGCCAGGAUGAAAGACGCACUACCAGCUGAGGCACGAACUGCCGAUCGUGAAGUUCACAAACGCAGAACACAUCCUGUAUCUUUCGACGACGAGCGACCCGAGGAAAAGCGCCUACACACAUUGAAGUCCACUCAAGAGCCUCAAUUUACCAGUGAGAGGUCAGCAUCACCGUCGCGCUUUGUCGUGCCAGAGCUCGCACAUCUUGAGAAGCACUCCAAUGAGCGUGUGUUUAGUACAGGCAACGCCCAAUCGUCAACCCGUGGUGUAGGACCAGCCGAUGAGCCAUCGUGGUCCUUUGCCGGAGUUCAAGACAAGGUCGACCAAGCCACCACCAAGGCUCAGCCGGAGCAGCCUAUCGAAACGGCACCACGUAAACUGAGGCGUUCGAAGGAACCGAAAACUCCUCUGAGCGCACCAAAACGUUCGAUUGCAACUGAUCAUGAUGCGGACAGCCCGGCUUUGCCAACGCACCCAAUGACUCUAGGCACGCCUACCACAAGCGACGAGUACGCUACGAAGGAGCGAUCCUCCCAUCUUUUCGAUUCCUCGCCAUCUACGCGCGCAUAUGGCACUUCACCAGCAGCACCGCAAACGCCUGCUCAUGAUACCCACAUGGUCGUUGAAACUCCAUCAAAAGAUGUCAGUGGAUCGUCGCGGGCAGGCAAGAAACCGCGCGUCGAGUCGCACCAAGGCCGGGCAUCGCCUACUAAGGAACUCACACAGAAGGAGCCAUACCAGUCCUUGUUUGGAGAUCCGAAUGAGAAGAAGAGCGAGACCCUUUCAUCGACUAUCGCAAAGCCCGAACGUACUAGCACUCCAGGCACCAAGCAGCUUGAAUCUAUUACAGAAGUCAGUCCAGACGACACUACCACCAAAAAGAAGUCACGGUCAGCAGCCGAUGUGGGUGUAUCUGAUCGAGGACUGAAGUCAGCUCGUCGCACUGAGAGUCUCAGGCAACUUUCUGAUCGUCUAAGAUCACCUCCGCCUAGCACACCAACACCUACAGGUCGUCGGAGUGUGCAAUCCACAGUCGAAAAUGUAGGCGGAAGAGACUCGCCAUGGCAACAAGUCAACGAAGGCAUCGAUCGAACCAUGGCCCUCAGUCCCGCGCGCCGUAUGCCACGAUCAUCCCCAAGCGCAGACCCGUUGAAGCAGCGUAUUGGUGAGCAGCGGUCACCUAGUGUUCAAAGUCAACGCUCUCUGAGCAAUAUCGCAAGACUGAGGUCUCCCGACCAAGAGCGGCCUAUGAGCUCUUUGAGCAACCAUUCGGAGCGUUCGUUGCGAAGAGUGGACCGGCAAACGUCAGGUGACCUGAGAUCAGCCUCGAGGCUUGGCGCGGCCAGUGCGCAAGACGCUAAGAGCGUGCAACCUAAUCUCUCAAGCACGGCGCUCGCGGCAGGAGCAGCAGCCAUCGCAGGUAUCGCCGCCCCACCGGUUUACGACCCAGUCCGGGGUACAGGUAGAGGUCGCCGGACCAGUAUGGCUGAAACCUUUGAAGCAUGGGGUGAAGCCCAAAGGUCCCCUAGCUCGCCCUCACGACCACCAAGCGUACGCAAACGUCAAAGCAUGCAAAUCAUGGAUCUGCAGACCCAACUCGACCAAUUAGCCACGCAAAAUCAAGCUGUCGAGGAUGCUAAGGCCAAGGCUGAAGAGGCCUUACAGGCUGCGCAAAGUCAGCGACAGAUUGACGAACAGCUUGUAGCCGAGGAAGUAGAAGCACGUGACCGCCAAAUUCACCAAAGGGAUAUUGACAUCGCGCAACUCAAGGAUACACUUCAGCGGCUACAAGAAGAGAUUGCACGCCUGAAUCAACUCAACAAUGCACUAACAGAUGCCAAUCGCAACCUGACUAACGAUGCGAAUGAACGGUAUGGGCAACUUCAGUCCGAGGGACAAAUGGUGCAUGAGCAAUGGCAAUCAUCGCAGCGAGAGCUGGAGAGCCUUCGCAGUCAGUACGCACAACUUCAGUCAGAAGGCCAGGCCAUGCAACAACAAUGGCAAACAUCGCAACGAGAUUUGGAAGAACUUCGCCGCCAGCAUACCCAGAUGCAGCGAGGUUUGGCAGAUGCCGUUCGCGACGAAGUUGGCGAAGCACUGGAUGAACGCAACGCCGAGAUCGACCGCUUAACUGCAGAACUCGCAACCGCGCGCGAACAGAUCAAGAACCUCCAGAAGCAGAUCCUAGCUUCCAAGAAGCCAAGCGAAAGCUUCCUCACUGUCCGCGAUGAGGACUACUUUGACAGCGCCUGCCAACAACUCUGUCAACAUGUUCAGCAAUGGGUUCUCCGAUUCUCCAAGUUCUCGGAUACUCGUGCGUGUCGCCUUUCGUCCGAGAUCGCAGCCGAUACUCGACUGGAUGCGUCAACUCGCCAAAAGAUCGACACUAGGCUGGACAAUGCCAUUCUCGAUGGCUCAGAUGUCGACGCACUUCUGGCGGACCGCGUCAGGCGUCGAGAUGUCUUCAUGUCAGUGGUCAUGACUAUGAUUUGGGAGUACGUCUUUACUAGGUACCUUUUCGGUAUGGACAGAGAACAGCGCCAGAAACUCAAGGCGUUGGAGAAGACGUUGUCGGAAGUUGGCCCACCUCGCGCCGUGGCACAAUGGCGAGCUAUCACACUUACCCUUCUUGCAAGGAGAGAGCCUUUCAUGCAGCAGCGCGCCCAGGACACAGAAGCCGUGGUACAUGAAAUCUACAGCACGCUUUCGACACUGCUUCCGCCACCAUCGCAUCUGCAGAAGCAGAUUCAGGAAUCACUGCGCAACGUCAUGCGCUUAGCAGUUGAACUAUCAAUCGAAAUGCGGACCCAACGCGCGGAAUACAUCAUGCUGCCGCCGCUACAGCCUGAGUACGAUACCAAGGGCGACCUUGUGGCCAAGGUCACGUUCAACGCCUCUCUCAUGAACGAACGGUCAGGCGAAACAACGUCCAACGACGAGCUCGAAGCCCGUGGUGCAGUAGUCAAGGUAGUACUAUUCCCACUAGUUGUCAAAAAGGGCGACGAUUUCGGCGAGGGCGAGGAUGAGAUUGUGGUUUGUCCAGCGCAAGUGCUAGUGACAGGAACUAGGAGUAAAAAGGUAGUCAGGGUCAUGAGUGGAGCCAUGUCGAUCAAUCGUCCUGACUCACGAUCAAGUCGCAUCAGCCGGGUAACGAGCGUCGCGCCUCCUGAGAGUACCAUCAUGGACUACGAGCAAGGUGGAAAGAACAUGUUCUAG